AUGCCUGCUGGAUCAGUUCUUGUCACCGGUGGAACGGGCUACAUUGGCUCUUUCACCACCCUCGCUCUCCUCGAGGCUGGCUACAAGGUCGUCGUCGCUGACAACCUCUACAACUCCUCCGCUGAGGCCCUCAAGCGCAUUGAGUUGAUCAGCGGUAAGAAGGCCGAGUUCGCUCAGCUCGAUGUCACCGACGAGGCUGGCUUCGACCGUGUCUUUGAGGCCCACCCCGACAUUGACAGCGUCAUCCACUUUGCUGCUCUGAAGGCCGUCGGUGAGUCCGGUGAGAAGCCUCUGGACUACUACCACGUCAACGUCUACGGCACCAUCUGCCUCCUGCGCUCCAUGGUCCGCCACAAUGUCACCAACAUUGUCUUCUCCUCCUCCGCCACCGUCUACGGUGAUGCCACUCGCUUCCCUAACAUGAUCCCCAUCCCCGAGGAGUGCCCUCUGGGCCCCACCAACCCCUACGGUAACACCAAGUUCGCCGUCGAGACUGCCAUCACCGAUGUCAUCAACGCUCAGCGCAACAACGCCAUCAAGGCCGGUAACGAGGCCGAGGCCCAGAAGUGGAACGGUGCUCUGCUCCGCUACUUCAACCCCGCCGGUGCUCACCCCUCUGGUAUCAUGGGUGAGGACCCCCAGGGUGUCCCCUACAACCUGCUUCCCCUUCUUGCCCAGGUGGCCACCGGCAAGCGCGAGAAGCUCCUUGUGUUCGGCGAUGACUACGCCUCCCACGACGGUACCGCCAUCCGCGACUACAUCCACAUCCUCGACCUGGCAGAUGGUCACUUGAAGGCCCUGAACUACCUCCGCGCCAACAACCCCGGAGUCCGUGCCUGGAACCUGGGUACCGGCAAGGGCAGCACUGUCUACGAGAUGAUCCGUGCCUUCUCGGCGGCCGUGGGCCGUGACCUCCCCUACGAGGUUGCUCCCCGCCGUGCCGGUGACGUGCUCAACCUGACCUCCAACCCCACGCGCGCCAACAACGAGCUGGGCUGGAAGGCCGAGCGCACCCUCGAGCAGGCCUGCGAGGACCUCUGGCUGUGGACCCGCAACAACCCCCAGGGUUACCGCCAACAGCCCCCGGCCGAGCUGCUGGAGAAGCUGCAGAAAUAA